GAGAGAGAAUAAAGAAUAAAGAAAAAGAAAAAAUACGAACCCGUUCCAGGUUCUCACCAAUCACUACCCCGUGUCUCCGACUUGUCGUCCCGUCUGCAGAAGGCAGUGUCCAAUCUCUUGUUCGUCGCUCGUCGCUGUGUUAGAUCAACGUUUUGCGGAUCAGCAUAUAGCCUAGCUCUGAGCAGGGACAUAGAGUUUCUGUACAAUCUAUAGCUGCGAAGAUUCCAUGUCGGUUCUGGAGCGGAUUGCGAGGACCGCCCGAGCGUGGCGAAUACUUACGUCAUUCAAACUCAAGGAUUCUUCGAGUGCAUCCCGGAGUUUAUAUCUGAGACAUUUUCGGCAUCAGCCAGAGCAUCUAAAACCAGGUUCGCUGUCUAAUGGACGCGAACCUUGCUUUCUCUAUCCAGCUAUCAUUGCCGGUAUGUUUGGAGUUGGGGCAAUGGAAAUAGCGUAUGCAGAAGCUGAAGAGCUAUCCGCAGUCUUCUGUCACUCCACCACCACCAAAGGAUCUCUCUACCCAUGCUGAUAUGGAGGAGAUUGCUAAGAAAGAGAGACAGCGAAUAAUUGAACAGUUAACCAGGAACAAAGGAACAAAGUAUGGUGCUUGUCCACGAUUUAUGGUUGGAGUUAAGGGGCCAAAGGUCAGUAUCAAGUUCCAAGUUCCUUCCAGUUGUGAAGUCUCACAUCUGCUUGCAAAUCUUGUAUCAAAUCUUGGACUAAAAGUUGAAGAAAGUGCCGGUGGUUCAGAUAUGUUAUUGCGUGCAUGGGACAGUCCAGUUGCUUGGCAACUAACUCUUACUCGACCAAAAACUCAGAGAGAAUCUGGAGAAAACAAGGGAAACUCCUUAGAAAUGGAUGCUGAGGAUGGAGAUCUAAGCGUCCUGAUAUUUCAUUCACUCGUUACCUCAGAUAAAACUGAAAUUGAAUUCAUAAAGCAGGGGAGCUUGAGCACCAAAGAGCUUGAUUCUUUGGUUUCUGUUUUACAAUUAGCCGGUGGAAGGUUGGGAGAAAGUAGGUCCUUUGAAAGAAAAUCGAGGGAAGGGUCCACACAAAUGCCAUCUUCUGAAAAUUCAAUAUCUAGUCUUGAAGCAAUGGGUGUGAAAGUUUAUGGACUUGACGAACCUGGUGAAUAUUCCUCUAAAAGUGAGAUAUCCUGGGAUAAUAUUGCUGGUUAUGAUCAACAAAAACGUGAAAUAGAAGACACAAUACUGAUGACUCUACAUAAUCCAGAAUUAUUUGAUGAUAUUGCUCAUGGGACUCGGCGCAAGUUUGAAUCAAAUAGACCUCGGGCUGUUCUCUUUGAAGGGCCUCCAGGUACAGGAAAAACAUCUUCUGCUCGUGUAAUUGCAAAUCAAGCUGGCGUCCCGUUGGUGUAUGUACCACUUGAGGUUAUUAUGUCAAAGUACUAUGGUGAAAGUGAACGUCUCUUGGGAAAAGUGUUUUCACUUGCUAAUGAACUCAGUACGGGUGCUAUCAUUUUCCUGGACGAGGUUGAUUCUUUUGCAAUUUCUCGAGACAGUGAAAUACAUGAAGCUACUCGAAGGGUAUUAUCAGUAUUAUUGCGUCAGAUUGAUGGAUUCGAGCAGGACAGGAAAGUGGUUGUAAUUGCUGCCACGAAUAGAAAGCAAGACCUUGAUCCUGCUUUAAUUAGUCGGUUUGACUUGAUGAUCACGUUUGGGUUACCUGAUGAGCGGAACCGUGAAGAAAUAGCAGCUCAGUAUGCAAAGCAACUAACGAAACCUGAAUUGAACGAGUUUGCAAGAAACACAGAAGGAAUGUCUGGAAGGGACAUCAGGGACAUCUGUCAGCAAGCCGAGCGGUCAUGGGCAUCAAAGAUAAUUCGAGGGAAAGUAUCGAAAACUGGAGAACAUGGAAUUCUUCCACCACUUGAAGAAUAUAUCGAGUGUGCCAUGAGCAGGCGCAAAGCUUUGCAAACUAUUGAUAACCAUGAAAUCAAGGACCCCAAUUUCCGCACGAAGAAAACUCAAUUAGCUUGAUUAACUUAAUCGACUCAGCUAAGCUAGUUAGCUCGAAAUUAUUUUUCUUUUUUGCUAGGCUUUUAUAUGCCAAUGAAGCAGUCAUACUCAUAGGAUAUAGAUAGAAAUGGAAAAAUAUUUCAACAAUCCGAUCUUUGUUGAUCGAUACAGUUACAGUUAUGCCCUUCAUAAUACUCCUACGAUUCCCAUUAACCGUAGCAUAGCAGCUUCAAAAGGUGAUCAUGUUGAGUUGAAUUAGACUUAGCAGCAGAGCUCCGUUCCUGUAUCAAUCAACAAAAUCAUACAACAGUUUCUAACUACUUGCUGAUUAGUUAACGAGGGCUGGAGUUUCUAUUCUACCUUUCUAAGGAGGCCGAAGAGGACGGGUCUUCUUCCUGAACUCGCUUCCUUUUCCGGUUGUUGGGGCUCUGCCUGGCCGAUAGAAACGAGGCGAUCUGGAGCUGACACUGAAGCAGCAUGCGAGUCAUCUCCGCCUCCGAUUCCAGCCUCCUCUUUUCCUCCUCAAGGCGGAUGAUCUCCCUCGCCUUGAAAAUCUCCAUUUCCGCCGUCAGCAGCGACCUUGUUAAGAUUUGCAGGCUCUCUGCCAGGCCGGCCAACCGUGUUUCCUGGCCGGAGCUUCCCGAACCUUCACUUGUAGAAAUAUGGGAAUCUUCAUCCUCAGGAUGUGGAGGAGCAUCGGAAUUCCCAAUCGGAAGCUCGCCGGUUGAUAACCCUGCUCCAUCACUUCCAUAUUUUUGACGUUUCUGGUCGUCGCUGCACUUGAUCGGUUUGGUUCCACCUGUCUGCUCUUCCAUUUUCAGCUUUUUUCAGAACCACCAGCUUUCGGCUAGAAAGGAUAAUUUUGAAAAGCUAAAAGUGAGGUGCCAACAACCAGUUGUACUUUGAUAAGAUUCCUAUAUUUUUCCACUAGGUCGAGUGAUCAAACGGAGAGCCUACUAUUUGCGCACCUAAUUUAUAGUUAUGAACAGUCUCUUUCCAA